GCAAAACCAAAAAACUCCCCUUCGACACAAACACAACCCUCGCUCCCUCCCUCCACCGCUCCUCAGUCUCGCCGGAGAUCAACCCACCCUCCGCCGUUCCGUCCCCCGCCCCGUCGGCGCCGCCCCUCCUCCUUCCCGUCUCUUCCCUUCGCCUCUUCUUCUUCUUCUUUUUCUUCUUUGUUCGUCUCUGCGGAACGGGCGUGCGUGCGUUCCAGAUAGCGAUGCUUUCUGUUCGGUUUUCCUCGGGAGAGUGAAUGCUUAUUAUGUGUUGGAGCUCCCUUCCGUUGAUGCUCUCUUCUUGUCUGCUCCGACACCGCGGGAUUGAAUGCAUUGGUACAAUCGGCUCAGAUAGGGUUCCUAUGAUCACGGUUUAGAGAUUGCUGCAGUAGAGAUUAUUCACGGGCCGGCGAUUGAUUUCUUGUGACGGGUUCUUUAUUUUUCACGCCCAAGAAGCGAUUUUUUUACUUCCAUCGGAUGCCUCCUUUGCUCUUGUUCUUGGUGGUUUCUUGGGAGUUGAUGGCGCAAGAAUAAUUCCAGUGUGAUAAGUUUAAUUUGAAAUGCGUCGCGGCAUAUCUUUGUUGACUCGGCGAUUUCUCAAGGACUCGCGUGUUACCAUCACUACUAGUAGGGAUGUUUUUGGCUCUCAUUGUGGUUCUUUGGGUUCGAGAGAUGGUGGUUUUCUUUUGUUUCGGUUUUUCUCGUUUACUCCGAUGCACCGUCGCGGGCCCGAUCCGGAUGACCCCGCCAAUUUGAUAAAAGAAGAUGGGGUGUCUGUUUGUUCACAAAUGUGGAUCGAGAACUUCAAAGAACCUGAUAGAAUUGCUACCAAUUUGAGUUCUUAUCUCAGAAGGUUCGAGUUAUGGGUGUUGGCAUAUCAGAAGGCGUGCAUCGAUGAGACCGGUUCCUAUGUGCCUAAGAGUUCAAUCCAGAGAGCUGAGCUGGAGGACUUGUUGGCGCUGAGAAAUGCUGUUCUUGAUAAUAGGUUUAGAUGGGGUUCUAGGUUGGAGUUUUUCAUGAAGUCACCGAGGGAUAAGACGGAGUAUCAGUCGUUGUCAAAGAGGAAGAUUAAGGCUAUCUUGACUACCACACAGCCGACCCCAUUUCAGGAUAAGAUCGUGCAGGAGGUUUUGCUAAUGAUUUUGGAGCCAAUUUAUGAAGCCAGGUUUUCACAGAAGUCAUUUGCUUUUAGGCCCGGGAGGAAUGCGCAUACGGUGUUGAGGGUGAUUAGGAGGAAUUUUGCAGGGUAUUUGUGGUAUAUAAAGGGGGAUUUGAGUACCAUAUUGGAUGGGAUGAAGGUUGGGUUAGUUAUAGGUUCUUUGAUGAGGGAUGUUAGAGAUAAGAAGAUAGUUGAUUUGGUGAAGGCAGCGUUAAUAACACCAGUCAUAACGAGUAAGCCUGAUGAUGGUGAACAGAAGAAAAAGAAGAAGCGAAAGUAUCAAAAGAAGAGGGUGUUAGCAGAAGAUGAACCAAAGCCCGACCCUUACUGGUUAGAUACAUUUUUCGGGUUUGCACCCGAGGAGGCGGGGAAGCUUCCUCAUUGGGGACAUUGUGGAAUUCUUAGCCCACUUUUGGCUAAUAUAUGCCUCGAUGAGUUAGACCGUUGGAUGGAGAGUAAGAUAAAGGAAUUUUACCGUCCAUCUAAAAGUGACGUUAUAUGGAAUAGCCCAGAAGGGGAAGCAGAGCAUGGGAAUACAUCUUGGCCAGAGUUUGUUCCGACAAGUGGGCCUGAUAAAACUCGGAAGAUGGACUACGUGCGAUUUGGUGGUCACAUUUUGAUCGGUGUUCGGGGCCCGAGAGCGGAUGCGGCAACAUUGAGAAAGCAAUUGAUAGAAUUUUGUGAUCAGAAAUAUAUGCUUAAGCUUGACAAUGAGAGCCUCCCUAUUGAGCACAUCACGAAGGGCAUAAUGUUCCUUGAUCAUGUCUUGUGCCGGAGGGUUGUUUAUCCAACUUUACGUUACACUGCGACUGGGGGAAAGAUAAUUAGUGAGAAGGGUGUGGGCACCCUUUUGUCAGUGACAGCGAGCUUGAAGCAAUGUAUCAGGCAGUUCAGGAAGUUGAAUUUUAUCAAGGGUGACAGAGAUCCUGAUCCGCAACCUUGUUUCAGAAUGUUCCAUGCCACGCAGGCUCACACAAAUGCGCAAAUGAACAAGUUUUUGUCCACAAUGGUUGAGUGGUAUCGGUAUGCUGACAACCGUAAGAAAAUUGUGAACUUCUGUUCAUACAUAAUUAGGGGUUCUCUUGCAAAGCUAUAUGCUGCCAAGUACAAACUCCGUUCACGAGCUAAGGUGUACAAGAUUGGUGCAAGAAACCUGAGUCGUCCAUUAAAGGAAAAGAAAGGACAGUCUCCCGACUACCAUAAUUUGCUGAGGAUGGGUCUUGCUGAGUCUAUUGACGGUCUCCAGUAUACUAGAAUGUCUCUUGUUCCUGAAACUGAUUAUUCUCCUUUCCCUUGUAAUUGGAGACCUGAUCAUGAGAAGGCAUUAGUGGAAUACAUUAGGCUUGAUGACUCGAAGACUUUGGAAGAGCAAAGGAGUUGCAUUCGAGAACAAGGUCUUGUGUCCCCUCAGGAGUACAUUUCAAUGCUCGUUUGGAACUACAAGAGGAAUACUGUCCGAAUGGAUCAGCUGUCCUUGCACAGUAGCAGCGACAAUGGUAUCGAAAAUAGACAGUUACUUUUGGGAUCGAAUCUUGAAAAGAAGGGUGAUGAUUGCAAAGAAGAGCAAGAUGAUGAACGACUUUAUGUGGCACAAGGGUGAAACAUGUUCUCUCUUUGCGAUAAGAAUUUUUCCCUUUUCAGACGUCUAGCUUUCAACUGAGUAGUAAAAGAGAGAUGACUUUGCUAGUAGAGAAACUUAGAUGACUUCUGCAGUAUUAUUGUAAAAUGCAAAGGGAUGUGGUAUCGUGUAUAGUCCUACUUUUAGGAAAAGAAAAAUCUUGGGCCAUGAAAUGGAAUCGGAGCGACAAUUAAUGCUGCCGAUGGAAGAUGUCAGUGUUUUUUCUUCUUUCUCAGGAAUGGUUUUCAUCAUCUGGACUUUAUGAGGCCUUUUCCAUUUCCUUGAUCGUCUCUGGUCAUGAAGAGCAUUUGUUAAUUAUCUGUUUGGCCAGAGUAAUUCUGAAAGUUUUUCUUUUGGUGCUCCCCACUGGCGCUCUUUGACCGGGAGAACAUAGUGGAGGUAAUUCCUUGUCUCUCACCCCAUUAGUGCAUCCUCUUUUUUAUACCUAUUUGCUAAUUAAUGCAGUUUUGAAAGCCAAUGCAACUUUUCCAGAGAAGACUCCACCUUCAAGCUCUCUGAUUCUUUAGUCAGCAGGCAACAGAGCCAUCUUCUUCAGGUAAGUGGUAAGCUUGGGCGCCAAUGGAUGCACACAAGUUCAGUUGAAGUUCCAGCCUAACAUCUCAUCCCUAUCAGUGACUUCUCUACUGUAGUUUUCAUUCUUCAUAUUAACCUAGUAGUGAUGCUUAAAUUGGUUGGACAGGUUGGUUUCAACCCUUUCUAUUCAUGUCUUGCUGGUCAAGGAAGCUUCUAAUUGGAUGCAUUUUUUCUCAAAUAUUAAGUGUAAAGUUGUAUACAGAUUUAAAGAAGUACUGCUUUGUGUGAUGGUUUGAUAUUGUUCUUGAAUUAUGGCUUUACUGAUCAAGUGAUUUAGCUUGUAAAUUUCAUGUUCUUAGAGAUACUGAUUUGAAUAUGGAAGAAAGACGGAAUUUCAAUAGCAUUUGGUUGGUUAUGAUGUGAUUAUCAUUUCUUAGGACUGGUAUAUUUACUUUGUUAUUGAUCAAUAAAAAUUGUGAUCAUGAAGAUGAUCCAUUGAAGCAGUGGAUGCUCUUCAGAUUUGAUUUUUUAGAGCUUAGUCUGUAAAUGCACAAUUUCUGCAGGAAAAAAGCAUAUGAUGAUUUCGAAAAGCAGAUGGGGAAACAUCUUCUAUGGUAGCCAGCCAAUCGGACAAAGCUGGUGAUGUUGUAUAGAUGUCUUUUUGAGUAUUAUCCCCGCCUAUAGAUAUAGAUGGGAGGUAGGCGAGGGUAGCUUGCUUCUGCUCUCCUAGUCUACCUGCACAUGUUAUUCACCAAGAAAAGGCAGCAAGUGGUUCUUCGCUUAGUAGAGCUACCGGCCGCCGGACAAUGACCGCUUCUUGUUCUCGCCCAGCCGCUUCUUUUGAGUUGAUUUUUAUUUAGAAUCCUAGACUAAAGAAGAAGCUCCUGAAUUAGCGCAGGGCCAAAUCAGCAGCAGGACAGUUGGCUUAGCUCGUUCUAUGGCUCGCUCAUUUGGUCCAAUCAAGCAAAGGAGCUCGACAAGCUCUGUCCUUGAUCAACAUGGCUUUGGGAUGCAUCCAGAGGAUGUUCAUUAUUUUGAUUUUCACCUUCUUCGGGGACCUCUUCACUGCUUCCAGAAUAUGUUGACAUGAUUGCCUUGACAAAUUUGACUUUCAACCGAACUCAAUCGAUUGCGAAAUGUCCAAGUUCUUCCAAUAUCUUCAAUAAAAUUUCAUCACUCUGCUCCUCA